AUGACACCCUCUUUACACCCUCUUAUCGACAAUGGUAUCGCCAAGGGCGAUCCUGCCUUCCCAGGUGGCAGUCUUCGCUGCCAAUGCUCAUCCAAUCAAGUGAUCGUGACAUUGAAGAGCAAUGUUGCGCACAAUCACGCUUGCGGUUGUUCCAAGUGCUGGAAGCCCUCCGGUGCCCUAUUCUCAGUUGUGGGCGUUGUACCUCGAGACCAGGUUCAAGUCACCGCCAACGAGUCGAAGCUUCAAGUGGUCGACCCCUCGGCUGUCAUUCUUCGCCACGCAUGCAAGGAAUGCGGUACCCACCUGUUCGGUCGUAUCGAGCGCGAGCACGCCUUCCACGGACUGGACUUUGUGCACGUUGAAUUAUCGGAUCAGAAGGGCUGGCAGGAACCACAAUUCGCGGGAUUUAUCUCAUCAAUUAUUGAACAGGGUUUUAACCCUAGUGGAAUGGAUGAGGUGCGGGCAAAAUUCAAGUCAGCAGGAUUGGAGACCUAUGAUGCCCUUUCUCCUCCACUCAUGGAUCUGAUUGCUACAUUUACUGCGAAGAAAUCCGGCGUGAAAUUUGCAAACCUGUGA